ACUGAGAGCACAGUUGGUUUCAGAUCUUCUUGUUAUACAUCAGUAUACGCUUGCUCCAGAUCCAAUAGAACUUUUGGAUUUAUGAUACUUCGAACAGUAAGAAUGAACUUCAGCAAUGAAUUAAGAAGUGUCAGAUUUUUACUUUUUAAGAAGUAUUCUAAAUGUUGCUGGAGUGAUAAAGUCCAAUGGUUCCACCCUGGAAGUGUUAAAGCAGAGAUACAUACUGGGCAUGCAAUGGUAAACAAGCUAGAAGACUCCGGUGGAAAAGGUAUGGCUGAAACCCUGUUUAACCUCUAUAAGAACUAUGAUACAAAUAUGAUCAACAUGGGGAAAUUAGUAUCAGCGAUUGAAAAAACAGGGAUCAGAAGAUCCGACCCCAGACUCUCAAACAUGCUGCAUAAAAUAUCAAAAUAUAAAGCACUGCAUGGUGUGUCAUUAAAUAACCUGAAUGUAGAUAUCAACACAUUCUAUGAUUUAACAAAUGAACAUCUUGUUCUCGUGAAUCAGAUUGCAAAGCAAGAUGUUGUUAUUCCUGACUGGGCAUCCUUUAAUGAGCAGAUCACUGAGAUGUUUAAUAAAUGUAAGACUAAUCAAGGAGGAGAGGUCGCUUCUUAUAUUCCACAGUUGGCUGCUUAUGAUCCAGACCUUUGGGGGAUGUCAAUUUGUACAAUUGACGGACAGCGCUUCUCAUUGGGAGAUGUAAACACUAAAUUUACAAUUCAAUCUUGCUCCAAACCAUUUACAUACGCAAUCUGUCUGAGUGAGCUUGGGAAUGAAGGGGUACAUAAGUAUAUUGGUCAAGAACCAUCAGGUAGAAACUUUAAUGAUCUGUCCUUGGAUCCAUCAAACAAACCACAUAACCCAAUGCUGAAUGCUGGAGCAAUUAUGUCUUCUGCAUUGAUCUUACAAAAUAUAUUACCCAGGGAAGGAGUGGCAGAGAAAUAUGAAUUUCUUUUGAAAUACAUGACAAGAAUGGCUGGCAAUGAAGUCAUUGGAUUCAAUAAUUCUGUAUUUCUAUCUGAACGUGAGAAUGCAUACAGAAACUUUGCUAUGGCUUACUACAUGCAGGAGAAUAAAUGUUUUCCAGAAGGAAGAUUAUACUUCCAGUCCUGCAGUUUAGAGGUUACUUCAGAAUCCUUAUCUGUAUUAGGAGCUACUUUAGCUAAUGGUGGAAUUUGUCCUAUUACCGGGGAAAAUGUACUUAACCCCUGUGCUGUAAGAGAUACUCUUAGUCUUAUGUACAGCUGUGGUAUGUACAAUUACAGUGGACAGUUUGCGUUUAAAGUUGGGCUUCCUGCAAAGUCUGGUGUAAGUGGAUGCGUGUUACUUGUAAUCCCAAAUGUGAUGGCUAUUUCUCUGUGGUCUCCACCAAUCGACAGUAUUGGGAACUCAGUUCGGGCAUUGCAAUUCUGUGAAGAAUUAGUUAAUGUAUACAGUUUCCAUAGAUUUGAAACUCUCUGUAAUCGUGUCUCCAAGAAGACUGAUCCAAGAAGACUACCUCAUGAGCUAAAAACAAUGAACACUCUUUCCUUACUUUUCUCAGCAGUAACUGGAGAUCUUGCUUCUUUACACAGGCACUACCUUCAAGGAGUUGAUAUGACUAUCUGUGACUAUGAUGGAAGAACUGCAUUGCAUCUAGCUGCUUCAGAAGGCAGGAUGAAUGCGAUCAAGUUCCUGCUGGAGACAUGCAGAGUUCCCCCCAGUCCCCAGGACAGGUGGGGACAUACACCUCAGGAGGAGGCCUUCAGAUUUGGACAUGAUGAAGUCGGAGCAUUGUUGGAAAGAUUUGAAGCUAAAAAAUAAAGUUUAAUUUUGUGCA